CUCGAAAUUAGGUGGUAGUGAAACAGCAAGUAGUGAGAUUUUAUUUAUUUUAAAAUAUUUUUUACAAGUUUAAUUUAAUAAAAUGGGCACACAAAAACCUGGAGAGUGGGCCAAUACUUUGAUAUCAAGGUUCGAGGAACAAUUGCCGUACAAAACGGGAGCCCAGAGUCUUCACUCCCGCAUCAACGAAGAACAGUGUAAGGCAUGUCUUGUUCAGAUCAGCAGGCAUCGUUUCUCGCUCGUCAUAUCAGGCCUCACCAAGAUACUACAGAGAGUCAACGAAAUGUAUCAGCCUACGCUAACAUCUUGUAUACCUCGGCCACUCACAGAGAUCGAGAAAGGUUACCACGACACUCUUGUGAUAGUUUUGGACACUUUGGAGAUAUGCCUCAGCUCACAACCCAAAGAUACCGCAAAGUAUGACGAAGCAAUGAAUGUGAAGAUACUAUUAAAGGAAGUUUGCCAGUUUAUUGAUAUAAGAAAUGAAGGCAACAUACAGAACGCUUUACUCCGUCAAUUGGCAAGCAAAGUUCUCUUUGCUCUAAGCCUAAACUUCUUCAAUGCUGUUUUUAACAGGAUUAGCGCAAGACUACAGGAACUUGCAUCUAGCUCAGAUGAAAACCCCGAUUAUACAGAUAUAGAACUUAUACAAUAUAUAAAUAUUGAUGUUUUAAGGCUUAUCAGACUAUUUACAGAAUGUAUACAAAAGUUUAAGUUAUUACGGAAAUAUACACCAAUAGUUUUAGUGUUGGCGCUUGAAAAGGCUGUCUGGAACUGGAUGGACACUUAUCCUCAGGAAUUCAUAGAAAUACAAUCACGGCCUAACGAUGAACUCAGCAAAUGCUGCGACACAUUGUUUGAUAUUCUGCAGGACAGCUUCUCAGAAAACAAGAAAAGUCGCGUCGCCAUGUGGCCGCUACAAAUCAUGCUACUUAUAUUAAACCCCAAAGUUCUGGAAGAAAUCGUGAAUGCAGACAGCGGUGCGCCGUGUAGUCCUAGACAUUCGAAGAAAAAACAUUUCAUUGACGCUGUCAAGAGAGGAUUGGGUCCACAGAACAACUCCAAGCAGUUGACCGAGGCUGCAGUGGUAACUUGCGUGAAGCUGUGCAAAGCCUCUACAUAUAUCAACAUAUCAGACUCGGGCAACGUAACAUUUGUUCUGGUCAAGUCUGUGAUAAAUGAUUUAAAGGGUCUCCUCUUCAACCCCUCGAAGGUGUUCAGUCGCAACUACGCCACUGGGUACUCAGACCUGGAGCUGGUGACUGACUGCUUCGUCUCCCUCUUCAGGAUCAUGCCUCACACCAACGAUGCUCUCAAAGUCUGCCUGAAUCUCAACAGCAACACCUUCUACCACACUGUCAUUGUUAAUUCAUUACUGAGGAUAAUAAACCAACCUCGCUUACCUUGGUGGCCACAGAUUGAGUUACUGUACCCAAGAGCUGCUGAGCUUCGGGCUAUGAUUACUGAUACUCUAAAUAAAGCGACACAGGGCUAUAUUUCUCACACGACUUUAAGACUGCUCUCGCUGAAGACAAAAGAAAGCAAGAUCGAAGAAAUACCCGUGUAUAGGACGUUGCUGCUGUACUUGGUUCGAUUGAUACAUGCUGAUCCUAUGCUGAUGUUGAGUAACCCGGGUCGUUCUGGGGUGGAGAUUCAGUCUGCGACUACGGAGCUGAUUAACGGUCUUGUAUCGCUGGUGCAUAACACAGACAUGGGAGAGAUAUCCCAGGAAGCAAUGGACGCUUUAUUGGCGCUGCACAAACCGGACAUGGUCCAAAUGUGGAACCCUGAGGCACCCCUCAACACAUUCUGGGAUAUUAGUUCCCAAGUGGUGUACAGCAUCAGUCAAAAGCUUAUCCAGCGACAGAUCGGCAACUAUCGCGAGGUGUUACGUUGGCUAAGAGACGUCCUCAUAUGUAGAAAUGAGUUCCUAACCAAGCAUAAGGAGUAUGCCAAUGUUGGUUCGCAGAUACCUAUAUGCAAACAAGCGCAUAUUAAACUAGAGGUGGUAUUCCUAAUGUGCCUCUGGUCUAUCGACCCGGAAGCCAUAGUCGUUGCUAUGUCGUGCUUCGCGCUCCUGUGUCGCGAAGCAGACAUCAGGUGCGGUGCAGACGAUCUCUCCACUCAUUGCCUGCUGCCCAACUACCAGGUCUUCCACGAGAUAUCGAUGGCUUCCACACAAGUCACUAUUGGCACAGUUGCGUUACAAAAGCGGAUAAUGGCUCUUCUAAGGAAGAUCGAACAUUGCGUGAAUGGAAUACAACCCGUGUGGGAGGAGACAUUCCGGUGCUGGGAUUCUCUCUGCAAACUACUGCAGAAGUAUCCGAAGGGUUUCGGAAUGUUGGAGGACGCAAGUGAACCUCUUCACCGCGCCAAGAGAAGAGUGUCGCAUCAUUCCAGCGCCGAGCAUGACUUUGAGUUACAAAUUCAAGAGUGGGCCAAUAUUACAUCGUUCCUGUGCGCUCUGGGCGGCGUCUGUCUGCAAAGAAAACCUACCACUGUAUGGGCCCUUGGACAUGACUCGAGGAAGUACCACGUCUUGGCAAACAGCACCCAGGAAGUGCAGUACUGUCCAGUGACACAAUUCAUUGGCCAGCUGUUAAGACUGUUGCUAUGCAACAACGAGCGGUUCGCAUCUCACAUUCAGUGCCACGUCAAAGAACUGGUGGGAAAGGAGAUGUCGCCGGCCCUCUAUCCUAUACUCUUCGACCAGAUCAAGGCUAUUGUCGACAAGUUCUUCGAUCAGCAGCAACAGGUGAUGCUAACAGAUAUGAACACCCAAUUCGUGGAGCACACCAUAUUUAUCAUGAAGAGUAUCCUGGACAACAAGGGAGGUGGGCAGCCGGAACACCUCAGCAGCACCUCAAUUGAGGGUCUGAUGCUGGCUAUUGUCAGAUAUGUCCGUCACUUGGAUAUGACUGUACUGUCCGUUCACAUAAAAACCAAACUUUGCCAGGUCGUCGAGGCGAUGAUGAGGCGGCGGGAUGAUUUGUCUUUCAGACAGGAGAUGAAGUUCCGGAAUAAGAUGGUGGAAUACGUGACAGACUGGGUCCUGGGUACCAGCCAUCAGAUCGCCCCGCCGCUGAGAGCUGACGCCUCCACUAUAACGAGAGAGUUGGACCAGGCUUGCAUGGAGGCGGUUGGUGCCUUGCUGAAAGGACUCCCGCUGCAGCCCGAAGAAUCAGAUAGAGGGGAUCUCAUGGAAGCGAAGAGUCAACUGUUCCUCAAAUAUUUUACGCUGUUCAUGAAUCUGCUGAAUGAUUGCAACGAGGUGGAGCUAUCGGAAGGUCCAGGUCGCUUGGAGACGCUCAGAAAGGCGACCAUACAGGCCAUGUCGAACCUACUCAGCGCUAAUAUAGACUCUGGACUUAUGCACAGUAUUGAUCUAGGGUAUCACCGGGAUCUACAAACCAGGGCAGCUUUCAUGGAGGUACUGACGAAGAUACUGCAGCAGGGCACAGAGUUCGAUACCCUGGCCGAGACAGUGCUCGCUGAUAGAUUCGAGCAGCUCGUUCAGCUGGUCACCAUGAUAUCUGACAAGGGUGAACUGCCGAUAGCGAUGGCGCUCGCUAGCGUAGUGAGCACGUCACAGAUGGACGAGUUGGCCAGAGUGUUUGUCACGUUAUUCGACGCCAAGCAUCUUCUGGCACCGCUCCUGUGGAACAUAUUCUAUAGAGAAGUUGAGGUGUCGGACUGCAUGCAGACUCUGUUUCGCGGUAACUCAUUGGGCAGCAAAAUUAUGGCGUACUGCUUCAAGAUAUACGGGCAUGUCUACCUGCAUAAUCUUCUAGAGCCCAUCAUCAACACGCUUCUGGAACAACCCGAGCUGAGCUUUGAAGUCGAUUCCGCGAGAUUGGACCCCAGUGAAGAUAUAGAAAUGAACCGAGCUAAUCUGAUAGAGCUGACCAAGGAGGUGUUCGAACGUAUCGUGAACUCCGCAGACACGUUCCCGCCGCAAUUGAGAAGCAUGUGCCACUGUCUGUAUCAGGUUCUGAACAAACGGUUCGCCCAGUUUCCGCACACGAGUGUUGGCGCUGUCGGUACUGUUCUAUUUCUCAGAUUUAUCAACCCUGCCAUAGUAUCACCGCAAGAGAUGGGGAUCGUGAACCGGCCGAUACCGGCGCAGAUCAAGCGAGGGUUGAUGCUCAUGUCCAAGAUCCUACAGAACAUCGCCAACCACGUGGAGUUCUCCAAAGAGCAGCACAUGUUGCCCUUUAACGACUUUUUGAGGGCGCACUUUGAAACUGGACGCAAAUUUUUCAUACAGAUUGCGUCAGACUGUGAGAGCGUGGAGCAAGCGUCCCACAGCCUGUCGUUCAUAAGCGACGCCAAUGUGGUAGCGUUGCACAGACUGCUAUGGAAUCAUCAGGAGCGAAUUGGAGACUAUCUGUCAAGCAGUCGGGAUCACAAGGCGGUGGGGAGGCGACCUUUCGAUAAGAUGGCGACUCUACUUGCGUAUUUAGGACCUCCAGAACACAAACCAGUGGAGUCUUCGUCGAGUCUGCUAUUCUCGACGUACGCGCGCUGGUCAUCCAUCGACAUGUCCUCGACGAACUUCGAGGAGUUCAUCGUGAAGCACAACAUGCACCAGAAGGAGGAGUUUAAGAGCAUCAAGAGUCUGAACAUCUUCUACCAAGCCGGCACCAGCAAACUUGGCAAUCCUGUCUUCUAUUUCAUAUCUAGGAGGUACAAGAUCGGCGAGGUGAACGCUGAUCUCCUGAUCUACCACGUGAUUCUCACUCUGAAGCCCUUCUGCCAGCAGCCCUUCGAACUCAUCAUCGACUUCACGCACACCAACUCCGACAACAGAUUCAGAACGGACUUCCUCCAGAAAUGGUUCACAGUACUGCCGGAGGUCGCGUAUACAAACAUACACGCCAGCUACAUAUACAACUGCAACGGCUGGGUUCGAGAGUACACCAAGUUUCACGAGACCAUAUUAGCUCCAUUGAGGGGCAACCGCAAGUUGAUAUUCAUAGACAACCACGCUCGCCUUUGUGACUACAUAGACAGCGACCAACAGAAACUACCAGGGGCGACGCUGGCUCUGGAGGAAGAUCUUAAAGUGUUCAACAACGCUCUCAAACUGUCGCAUAAGGACACUAAAGUUGCUAUCAAAGUUGGUCCCACGGCUCUGCAAAUCACUUCAGUAGAAAAAACCAAAGUACUGGGGUUCCCUGUACUACUUAAUGAUGUGUACUACGCUUCUGAGAUAGAUGAGGUAUGUUUGGUGGAUGACAACCAGUUCUCACUAUCGAUAGUAAACGAGGCGACUCCGCUCAGCUUCAUACAUAACGACUGCGACAACAUCGUACAGUCGAUCAUACACAUACGGAACAGAUGGGAGCUCAGUCAGCCGCAAGACUCAGUAACAGUCCACCAGAAGAUAAGACCGAAGGAUGUUCCGGGCACACUUCUCAACAUGGCCUUGUUGAACCUCGGCUCAUGCGACCCCAACCUACGGACUGCUGCUUACAACCAGCUGUGUGCCCUCACAGCCACCUUCCAUCUGAAGAUCGAGGGACAACUCCUGGAGACAUCUGGUCUGUGCAUUCCAUCGAACAACACGAUCUUCAUCAAGUCAGUGAGUGAGAAGCUGGCUCACAACGAGCCUCAUCUAACCCUGGAGUUUCUCGAGGAAUGCAUACAGGGUUUUCGUGGUUCUACUAUUGAACUGAAGCAUCUGUGUCUGGAGUAUAUGACGCCGUGGCUUGCUAACUUGGUGAAAUUCUGCAAGCCAACCGAAGAAUCUCGAAGGCAGAAGCAAGUGGCUCAAAUACUAGAGAAACUGAUAGAAUUGACCAUAGAGGAAACAGAGAUGUAUCCAUCCGUUCAGGCCAAGAUCUGGGGCUCCAUUGGCCAGGUGCCUGAGCUCAUUGAUAUGGUGCUGGAUAGCUUCAUACAACGUAGUGUGGACUCAGGUCUAGGCUCUCCGAUGAUAGAAAUAAUGGCAGAUACCGCGGUCGCUCUCGCCUCAGCGAACGUUCAACUCGUGUCCAAAAAAGUUAUUGGACGCAUGUGCAGAGCUCUGUAUAAACUGCCCAAUAAUAUACUGGGGCCUAUAACACCAGCUACUGUCGUUGACAAGACCUGUCAUUCGCCGACAGCCAUGUUGGAGCAACACAUGAUGUGGGAUGACAUUGCCAUACUGGCCAGAUACUUGCUGAUGCUCUCGUUCAACAACUGCCUGGAUGUGGCCCGUCACUUGCCGUAUCUGUUCCACACCGUGACCUUCCUCGUCUGCUCGGGGACGCUCUCCAUGAGAGCUGCCACUCACGGUCUGGUCAUCAACAUCAUCCAUUCGCUCUGCACUUGCAAUUCGCCGACCUUCUCUGAGGAAACACAGCGGGUUCUGAUGCUGUCUCUAGACGAGUUCGCCCUGCCGAAGUUCUACCAAAUGUUCGGCAUCUCCAAAGUCAAAUCUGCAGCCGUCACUGCCUUCCGGAGCCCCUACCAUCGACAUACCGGUGACUGGUACUCGGAACAUUCUUACGGCUGCAGUCAAUCGUCCUGCUUCAUGGGCACAUCUUUGCCGGCAUCAGCCUCCGACAGAGAGAGACUUCCGCUGCAGUCGCUGGAAACAAUAACCGACGCACUGCUGGAGAUCAUGGAAGCCUGCAUGAGGGAUAUUCCUGACUGUGACUGGCUCAACACCUGGAUAUCGUUAGCAAAGAGUUUCGCGUUCUGCUACAACCCCGCGCUGCAGCCAAGGGCAUUGAUCGUGUUUGGAUGCAUCAGUAAAAACGUAACUGAUGACGAUAUGAAACAACUGCUCCGGAUUCUGGUGAAGGCUCUGGAGUCGUUCAACGAUAUGGCACUACUGGAAGCCAUCAUUAUGUGUCUCACGAGGCUGCAGCCGUUACUGUAUUCUGAAUCACCAAUUCACAAGGCUCUGUUCUGGGUGUCUGUGUCGGUGCUCCAGUUGGACGAACCCACACUGUACGCGGCUGGGCUUGCCUUGUUGGAGCAGAAUCUCCAUACCCUUGACUCGCAGGGACAGUUUGAGAAUAAGAGUCUUCAACAAGUGAUGAUGGAGACUCGAGAGCCUCUGGAGUGGCAUUUCAAACAGUUGGACCAUGCGGUGGGGCUGAGUUUCCGGUCGAACUUCCACUUCGCUCUGGUGGGUCACCUGGUGAAAGGGUACCGUCACCCGCUUGCUGCGACCGUCUCUCGCUCCAGUCGAGUGCUGAGCGCUCUAUUGGCCCUAGCGGCUAAGCCUAACCGUGACAAGUUUCGACUGACUAACAGCACAGUUGCAUACCUCACAGCGCUUGUGUGCGUGAGUGAAGAAGUAAGGUCGAGAUGUGCGGUGAAACAUUCAUUGCCCAAGUGGUUGCCCGACAACUGCGACCACUAUUGCCCGGCUGCUGACCAUCUACAGUCAUCUCUUCUGAUCCAGGGUAGGCUGUCAUCAUCGUCGUCGUGCCACAGCAAGCGACAGAAGUCCUGGGAAAUGCUAGAUCAAGCCAUAUUAUCACAUGGAGGCAAAUCUCCAACAAUUACUCAGUCAAGUAGUGGAGCACAGAGUCCACAUCCAAGUAACAUUUCACAUCAGGCGUCGGCGAGAAUGCGCUUCAAGACGCAAAGAUCGUUUUCUGUUCCCACUGCUAAGGAGACCAUUAAACCACCAAGGGAUAGCGAGGGCCGCGCGCACAGCGUUCAACACGGGUGCACGGGUCACGCGGCGCGAGAUAAUACCGAUGAUUCUGUUGAUGGUGAUGAAGACGGACGUGUCUCGCAAAUUAGCCUGGAGGACUCUGAGCGACCUGGUUCUACUAAAUCCGGUGACAGCGGCUUCCCUGCUGAUGAUAAACACUCGACGUCAGACAAGAACUCGUUGGAAUGCAACAGUCUGCUGGACCCUGCAGUGCUGUCUGACUUCACUACUCAAGCUCUUGUGCUUACUGUGUUAGCCACGCUAGUCAAGUAUACCUCUAACGAAGACGAGAUUAGAAUCCUGUACCAAUAUUUGGCGGAGGGAUCGAUUGUGUUUCCAAGAGUAUUUCCCGUCAUCCACAGCCUGUUAGACAUGAAGAUCAACCACGUGUUGAUGCACUGCAGUGACCAGGUCAUACUGAGUGCGGUCCAGUGCAUCAUUCAGAAUAUGAUAGCUUCAGAAGACGCCAGCCAACAGCAGCUACACUACAUGCAGAGCUGCGGUUUUGGCGGCCUGUGGAGGUUUGCCGGACCCUUCACCAAGAAUCAGUGCACGGCGGAAAGCAGCGAGUUGUUUGUGAACUGUCUGGAGGCGAUGGUGGAGACUUGCCUGCCGGGAGAUGAACCGGCGUCUCGAGAACCACCGCCAGACCCUGACUGUGUGGAAUCAGAGAGAUACACAAUUCCACUUCGGCCAUCGACCAUAUACUGUUCCUCUCAGGAGCCCUAGCAUAAACAUGAUGCACGUACGAGCUGCGCUGAUACAACGAAGAAAUAGAUAUUCUCGACCUUAGUAAUAUUAUAUAUUAUAACCAUUUACGUAUGAUACAAUUUCUCUCGUGUACGUAACUGAAGUAGGAAUAGUAAUGGACUUGCAAUGACGCGUGCGCGCGCACGAGAUUGCACUUUAAUGUUCAAGAUAUAGAGUCUAAAAUAGAGUGCAUCUUUUAACGCUACUAAUAUAAAGUACUCUAAUACUUGUAUGCAACAAAGCUCGGACACUUUUUGGUCUCGAUUUCUUAGCUAUUGUGUAUGUCUUUAGUAUUGUUAAACAAAGAUUAUAAGCUAUUAAAAUCAUAUCGAGCGGCUGUAUCGUGAUCAACUGUAAUAAUUCGCGUGUUGAUAAUGGGACCGGUGGCCAUCUUGAUGACGUCAGGUCAAUCACCAAUAAAAAGUUUUUAUUGCCAUCGUAGUGACGUCACGCAGACGUCCGUGUUAGAACACGGCGUCUUUUCGCCAAAACAGUAGCUACACCAAUAGGUCUGUUAUCAGCGAGUAUGUGGGCUUUACACUCAUUAACACUAAUCUAGGGAUAUGUUUGAUUGCUUUAUAAAGUAAAUGGAAGAAUUAAAGGUUAUCUUUUGACCUUUAGUAGCAGCGAGCGCGCUUUAGUAUUCUAAUAUAAGAUAAUUUAAACUAAUAACAGUACCUAAAACGGGAUUAUUGAGUUUUUCA